AUGUCAGUUUUGUGUGAGGAAGUCUUCAAGCAAGAGGUCUCCGCCGAUGUGGAAGUAGACAGCCCCGACCAGGGGCUUGAGAGACGAUUACUGAGGAAACUUGACUGGGUCUUAUUACCGUUGUUCACAGUGACUUUCAUACUGAACUUCAUUGAUAGGACUGCCAUAGGAAAUGCCAAGAUUGCAGGCAUAGAAAAGGAUCUGCGUCUGGCUGGGUACGAGUACAAUGUCGCACUAACGGUCUUCUAUAUCUGCUAUAUCCUAUCUGAGGUCCCUUCCAAUCUCGCUUUGAAGCACUUCGGAUCGAUAUGGCUGGCAUUCAUCGUCACGGCAUUCGGUGUCAUAACGAUUGCGUCUGCAUUCACCCGCGACUUCGCGGGUCUGCUUGUCACGCGGAUAUUUCUGGGGGCCGCAGAAGGGGGGACUUUGCCGGGGCUAACUUACGUUAUGUCACGGUAUUACCGCCGCGAGGAACUAGUGUUGCGGGUGGGUGUCGUGCUAGGUCUUGCACCAACCUUCGCGGGAGCGUUCGGCGGACUGCUGGCAUCCGGACUGCUGUCCAUGAAUGAUAUCGGAACGGUAACGUCCUGGCGGAAGAUCUUUCUCGUUGAAGGAAUAAUCACCUCUGGCUUCGGGCUCUUAUGCUUUAUGAUAAUCCCGGAUGACCCGCAACGUUCAAGAUUACUGAGCCCGGAGGAGAGGUCGCUGGCCAUGGCUAGAAUCGCGGCAGACCAAGUUGUGUCAACGACCGGACGAAAGGAACGCACGACCUGGCGUUUAGUCCUUCGCGCCUUCAAUUUUAACACCACCCUCUGCGCGAUAUGUUUCCUGAUGCUCAACAUCUCCUUCCAAGGAUUAAGUCUAUACAUGCCAACAGUGGUAGCAACGCUGGGACACUUUACGACUGUGGAAUCGCAGCUCCGAACAGUUCCCCCCUACGUCGUGGGCGCAGCGUGGGUGGUCAUAAACACAUACUUUAGCUAUCGCAUCAAACAACGCGGCUUCCCGAUCUGCAUCUCCGUCCUUCUCAUGGUCACUGGCUACGCCAUCUUCAUCGGGACGAAAGACUCGCGCGCGAGAUACGCGGCAUGCUUCCUCUCGAUCGCAGGGGGGUCUCCGACUAUCCCGAUGUUUGUAGCGUGGGGAGUGGACAAUGCAGCACCGGAUACUGUCCGAGCGGUGACGACGGCGAUAAUUCCCGGGAUCGGUGCGCUAGGAUCCAUCAUAGCCGUAUGGACCUAUCUCCCGAGCGACGCACCCGACUACCACGAAGGGAACAGCCUGAACCUCGCCACGAGCAGCGCCGUCUGCGUGCUUGCGCUGAUCGGCGUACUGUAUAUCAAGUACGAGAACCAAAAGAGGGCCAGCGGCGCGAGAGACUACAGGCUGGAGGGAUUGACGCAGCAGGAGCUGGAAGAGCUGGGAUAUCUGCAUCCUAGCUUUAGAUACCAGUCAUAG